UUCAAGGGUAGAACUAAAAACCAACCCAAAGUGCCUUAUCAUCUCAUCUUCAUCGUAUAUUCAUGUGUAUGGAUAGAACACACAAAACAUAAGCCAAGAAAACACCACAACAAUGGCUUCCUCCUCUGCUUCCACUUCAGCCACCCUCACUCUCUCAUCCCUCCAUCUCCAAGAACCCAAAUCAUCCCUUAUCUCCUCCUUCACUUUCAAACCAAACCCCAAAACCAAAUUUCUUGUCUUGCAAUCCCAUUCAGAAUGCAUCAGACCCACCAUUUUCAAGCCAAAAAAUUCCCCUUUUUUGGUCUCUGCAGUGGCUGCCGAAGCUGAGGUGGGUGAAGAUGUUGAUGAGGAUGUUUCCGGUGGCGGUGUUGCUACGGUGGCUCCGCCGGUAGCCACUAAACCUAAGAAGGGGAAAGCUGCUUUGCCUCUUAAGAGGGACAGGACUAGGUCAAAGAGGUUCUUGGAAAUUCAAAAGCUGAAGGAGAACAAGAAAGAAUAUGAUGUGAAAACCGCGGUAUCGUUGCUCAAGCAAAUGUCGAGCACAAAGUUUAACGAAAGUGCGGAAGCACAUUUCCGUCUUAACAUCGACCCAAAAUACAAUGAUCAGCAGCUGAGAGCAACAGUGAAUUUGCCCAAAGGAACCGGGCAGGUUGUUAGAGUUGCUGUUUUAACCCAAGGUGAAAAGAUCGAUGAAGCAAAAAAUGCAGGAGCGGAUAUAGUUGGUGGAGAGGACUUGAUAGAACAAAUCAAAGGAGGAUUCAUGGAUUUCGACAAACUUGUUGCAACUCCCGAUAUGAUGCCUAAGGUUGCGAGUUUGGGGAAGAUCUUGGGACCCCGAGGACUUAUGCCAAACCCGAAAGCCGGGACUGUGACAACCACUAUACCUCAGACCAUAGAGGAGUUUAAGAAGGGAAAAGUGGAAUUCAGAGCAGACAAAACAGGAAUCGUUCACUUGCCGUUCGGAAAGGCUAAUUUCUCAGAAGAAGAUCUUUUAAUCAACCUUCUCGCCGCAGUGAAAUCUGUGGAAACAAACAAACCGACUGGAGCAAAAGGAGUUUACUGGAAAAGUGCGCAUAUAUGUUCAUCGAUGGGCCCGUCGAUCCGGUUAGACAUAAAGGAUAUGCUGGAUUUUAAGCUGCAGUAGAAUGAAUGUUUAAAGAUUGUAUGCCAUAGAUGUAAAUUAGAUCAUCUGCUGCAUAAUUAGCUUCUAAAGAUCUGUUCUUGGAAGAUGGGGUGAUGCAGCAUAAUAUAUGGUUGAAAAAAGGAAAGCUGUUUCUUGGAUCAACAUUCUCAUUAUUAGUAUUCUUAACUUUUUGUCUGUCCAAGAAAACAUUUGUAUGACUCUUGUUUUUGUUCAAAGUUUUAAUGUUUGUUUUUCCUCUA